CUUUGGUGCUUCAGUUGGUUGUCGCCAAUUUUUUUGGGAUUUCGAAACAGAAAAGCCCAUGAAUCUAAACAUUUAUUCAAUAAUUAUGGGAUUUAUGAUUACUUUCAGACUUGUGUGUGUGUUAUGAACGAUUAUAAAUAUUGUAAGGGUACUAUAAUUGGUGUUUUAUACAUUACCUAUUGUGGUCAAGCAAUCGUGUGUUUAUUCCUCAUGCUGUGAUAUUUCAGCACAAAUUAAUUUGUAAAAUGGACAUCGAUAUAAGUAAGGAGAAUAUUCAGCCACUGAGAGGUGGUAGAAACCUUGUGCAACUUGGGACAGCUUUACAAGCUCAAUCCGACGUCGACGCUCUAAGGCAGCUGCAGUUACAGAAAGAGGAACAUGAAGCAGCAAUUAGGAAUUAUCAGGGCCCAGACCCACUGGAUCCAUGGUUCAACUACAUCCAGUGGGUAGAACAGUCUUAUCCCAAACAUGGCCAUGAGGGUCAUAUGGACAAACUGAUCAAAGACUGUUUACAGUUAUUUGAAAAAGAUGAAAGAUAUUUCCAAGAUAGGAGGUUUGUUAAAUUAUGGAUAAAAUAUGUUGACUAUCUCUCCAAUCCCUUGGAAAUUUAUCAAAGGUUGUACAACACAGGUAUAGGUGUUGAAUGUUCAGAGUUUUAUCGUGCUUGGGCAUGCUACUGUGAAGAGUCUGGUGACUAUAAAAAAGCUAAUCAGGUUUAUAUGCUUGGCCUUCAGGCCAAAGCACAGCCCUUGGAUGAACUUGAGCAAGCUCACAUGAACUUCCAACUAUUUUUUGCUCAAAGAAUGCUGCAUGACGAUUCUCCUACCAAAAGAAAGGCAGCAUCAGCAUUAGCAGAGACAAGAAUGGCCCUUACAUCUUUAAAGUCAUUUAAGAGGAGAAACAUAGCUAGUGUGCCUGUGCAGAGAGUAGGGGAGAAUGUUCGGAGUACAGUCCCAGGCAUUGUGAGGCAGCAGCACUAUGACAAUAGAAUGCCCAACUCAAAUGUCAUGGUCAAUGUCUUUGAGGAUGCUCCGUCAACUUCUCAUGCUGCUAUACCAGUAGCUGAGGACCCAGGUCCAGCCUCUUUAGUACAAGCCUGUGCCAAUGUAGAAAAUGAGAAAGAAGUUGGUGUUUGGACUAAUCCCAAGACAAGGAUGGUGCAUUCUAAUGUUGUGCCUCACCAGCCUUUACCAUUCACUCCAUAUGAAGACCAAGAGGAUGAAAUGAGGUUGCCACCAAACCAUAUGGCUUACUGUGCAGAUGAUUUAGUUUUUAAUGUGCCUCUUAGUGUACCUGAUCCUCCAGAUCCAACAAAAAUUCCUUGUUACAAUAAGACAGAGGUAUAUAUCAAUGAAACAGAAUACAGUUUAGAAGAAAUCAGAUCAAGAAAAUACAAUUUAGUGAAAACUGUCAAGACUGAAACUGCAGAACUAAAGGAAGAGCAACCAAAUUUUAGCAACAACAUAAAUGCAACACUUGCCCAGUGCAGUGCUUUAGAAACUUUAGCAAAUUGUGCACUAGAUCCUGAACAAGAUCACUUAGGGCAUUUAAUGCCACUAACUAUACCUACAUUACAAAAUAUCACCAAAGUGACAAACAUACAUUCUCCUGGUGAACCGAAAGUAUUUGUCAACUUAGACUCAAAAGAAUUCAGUGAGCUCAGUGCUAGGAAGCAUGAUGAGAAUCAAAGACCCUCUCAAAGUGGUAUUGAUAAAGAAAAUCGCGUGGAGAAAGUUAGCAACCUGAGCAGUACAUAUGACAAUGAGAAUGGAGGAGCUUAUGGAAAGAAUAAUCUGAUGGAGGAAUUCAAUAGAAGUUUGAUGGGAAAUCUUCUUGGUGAUUCUGUUACUGUCAACACAAAAGAGGCUAGAUGGGAACUUAGGAACCUUUUCAAUGAUAAUGAGCCAUCCAUGGUGCAGCCUGUAGUGCAACAAUUUGAAGUACCAAAUUUUGACAUACACGAGGAUAGAUCAAUGACCAUGGCUCUCAACACCAAGAACAAAGAUUUGGUUGAACUGAAGGCGAUACCUGAUGAUAAGGAAAAUGCCAAAAAGUUUACCAUGCCCACAUCUGUUGCUCCACAAAAUCAGAUAAACAAAACUGUGUAUUAUGAAGAGCCUUCUUGCACACAAGUGUUUAACUUCAACAUCAAAGACGCAAGCACGCCCAACAUGUCUCAGUUUAAAAAGCCUACCAGUUGUGUUGAUCAAUCUGGAAAAUUUCCUUCUGUGCCUAAAUUCAGUAUAGACGAGAGUGUGAUUGAGCCCGUGGAUCCGGGGCUAAAGAGGGAGGAGAUGUCACGACAGCACGCCGCAGACCAACAUGUCACUGUGGACAAUCAGGGGGCUGGGCUAUCUGUUAUCAUGGAAGCAACAAGAGAGUAUAAUAGCAAAUCGGGCUCUAGUUCCUCGGGACAGUCAACAAGAACUAAUUUCACUGGUUACACUACAAAUUUUGAUUCAAUGUACAAUAAUCAAGACCCCUCACAGCAGCCUACUACCUCCAAAAGAAGUUCUAUGAGCGCUCAACCUCGUCUGGCUAACGGAACUUUUGCAAGAGUCUACCCACAGAAACGUGACCAACCCGAAAAUAAACCGGUCGUGCCAUCCCCUUCAGUGCCUUACCUAUCUCAUGACCACCAGUAUCAAAAACCAAUACCGCAAAAUUAUAAUGGCUACUCUCCUCAAAGAUCUAUACAUUCACAUUAUCAAACAAACUAUAAUUAUCAACAGGGUUACCCUCCCAAUCAAAUAGUGAAUCAACAGCCGCAACAGGGAUAUGCAAGCCCAAAUCCUAAUGCAUACCAUAGCCCACAACACCCGGGCAUGCAGAGUCCUCAUCCAAUGAGCCCCUCUGUGCCUCCUGGGUUUCAAAGUCCCACAUAUUCAAACCAAGUUGGAUACCACAGCCCUGGACAUCCAAUGAUGAGUCCUCAGCAUCAAUAUGCUGGGCGACAAGAAUAUCAUUAUCCUAGUCAAACGGACAGACAGCAUAUAUACGCAAACCAUCAGCAACAACAGCCUCCAGCAGUCUUCCAAAGCCCUCCUCAUCAACCGCAGUACCAAAACAAUCAGUACUAUCAAAGAAACAACCAAGUUCCUGGCCAACAAUACCACAACAUGCAUAAUCAGUAUAAUAACGCAAAUAUGUAUGCUAACAAUAAUCAACAUAAUCAUAGUAACCAAAAUUAUAAUGUGAUGCAAAACCCAUACAGGCAGCCACCAAAACAGAUGGACAAUUCUGGAUAUGGGGCACCAAUCAACCAGCCAUACCAAAUUUAUCAAAGUCCACAGGCACCUCAGAACAAUCAUCGUAAUGUGACGAUGCAUGGUGCUAAUACACCUAAUGAAAUGACUGAACUUCAUGGGAGGCAAGAAACUCAUGUUAGUACACCUAUGAAGGCACAAGAAUUGCCUACUGUUGAACCGAAUGCCUCACACAAAUUGACUCCACAGGCUAAGAAUGCUUCUCAUAAGAGUCCAACAUCUGCAUUAAGAAAUAUAAGGCAUGAUCAGCCUAAUGUGAAAAUUGGCCAGAACUCUCCAGAUGUUGGAUUCUCUAACCAGUUCCUCAAUUUCAUUUCCAAUAGGAAUGAACCUAAAGAUAAUGCUAAUACUCCGAAGUUUACAAACAGUCCUAGCAUUUCUCAGAAAAUGCAUAAGAAUCUAUAUGUAUCCAGCCCUGAGCAAGGUCAAAUUCCACCGUCUUCUGGAAUGUCCGACUCAGACAGUAAAGAUGGAAUGACUGCCCAAUCCGCGACUCCUAUACAAUCUGCUAAAGUGCAUUCAAUCGACAAGCAGAAAGACAUUUCUAAGCGGCAGUUAGACUUCGAACAUCGUGCUGAAUUCCAGUCAGAAGACAGCAGGGACUCUGUAAGCAAAGAGAGUAGAAUCUCAUCGGUAUAUUCGAGACAAUCUGACUUCCAGUCUGAUGGAUAUGGCAUGGAUGUAGAUAGUGAAAAUUCUAUGGAAUGUGCAGCAUUCAAGUCAACACAUUCAAUAUCUUUGGUGGAAACUAGUGAUAUACCAAGACCGGCGGACAUUGAUUUCCCGAAAGUGAUUGAUCCGUUUAAUAAGAAGAUUUUAACAUCAUUAUUAGAAUAUGUGAAGUUUCCUAAUAAAACUCACGCCGAAGGUUAUGUGGAAGUAAGGUCUGUUCCUAAGCUUCAACCAGCAACUAAUGUUACCAUUGGUAACAAUCGUUUUGCCAUUGAAAAACAAUUAGGGAAGGGUAAUUAUGGAGCCGUGUUUCUGUGCUUGGAUUUACACAGUAAUAAAUCCGUUGCAGUAAAAUAUCAAAAACCGAGUCGGCCAUGGGAGUUUUACAUUUGCCAGGAAAUUAAGGCGAGAAUAAAGGAUCCUUUUAUGCUUCCAGGAUACAUGGACAUCACGACAGCCUUUCUAGGAGAGAAUGCAAGUUUAUUUGUGUCAGAGUACUCCAAAUACGGUUCUCUUUUGGAUGUUGCUAACAAAGUGCGGAUUGCGACCUCAAAGUGUAUAAAUGAAUGCAUAGUGAUAUUGUUAACUUCAGAAAUACUGUCGAUAGUGCACUAUCUUCAUAAAGCUCAGAUAAUUCACGCAGAUAUUAAGCCAGAUAACUUUCUGCUUAUGAAAAUCCCAACUCAAGAAUGGCGAACUCCAUCCUUACAAUUAAUUGAUUUAGGCUGUGCUAUUGAUAUGUCUUUAUUCCCUGAUGGAACGACAUUCAAUGAGUUGAUUGCGACUGAAGGGUUCACAUGUACUGAAAUGCGGGAAGGAAAGCCAUGGACGUACCAGACUGAUUUGUACUGUUUGGCUGGUACAAUACACGUUAUACUAAUGGGUAGCUACAUGAAAGUGGCCAAUCGUUUAGGCCAAUGGAACAUAGAUAAGAAAUUGCCUAGGUAUAUGAAAGUAGGCUUGUGGGAUAAAGUAUUCACUACGCUUUUGAAUGUACCGGAUUGCAACAACUUACCUGAUCUGAUGGAUCUCAAGCAGGAGGUGGACAGUGUUCUGAACGACAUCGACAAUCUCGGCUCCCAACUCCGCAACUUUGCUAAUGUGCUUAAAUCUAGGUAAAAUGUCAAUGUCCUUGUAUUUAUUGCAUUUAGAAACUAUGGCGAUUGUAAAAACAGAUACUUAUCUAAAAUGUAUUAUUAAAAUAUUCAUAUAAAGAUAUAAAAUUAUUUCUUCUCCCAAACAAAUCUAUCGCCAGGCCAAUAGCUAUUGCUCUAACUAAUAAAAGCAAUAUGUUUAAGAUAUCAACUACUUAGUUAACGUAAUAAUGCCUUGUUGUGUUUAGUUGAAAAUGUGAUAUUGUGAUUUUUAGUUCAUUUUGUUAGUAUAUAUUAUUGAUAAAAACUUCGCGUAGAUAUUAACUUGUUAGCGUAAAAUGAUGUUAAAAGGUUAUUUAGGUUUCAUUUAUUUUUGUACAACCUAAUAAGACUUGCACAUUUCAUAUUUCUUGUUUGAAACUGUACUGAGAAAUAAUAAAUAACUACCUGGUUGGAA